AUGACCGUGAUGUCCAUGGUGUCCGUCAUGAUGUCCCCAGCUUCCGUGACCCGAAUGUCCAUGUUCAUCGCCAUGAGAGAAGCCGGCGUCGUGUCCGUGAUCGUCUCCAGCCUCGUGUCCGUAGUUGGAGUGCCAUUCAUCGCCGGAGGCAUGAGCCUUGUGACCUCCGUAAUCGACGCGAGCCCAGUCCGAUUCGUCGCCCUUGCUGAAGCCGUGUUUGCCGUGGUGAUCGUGGGAGUUGUCGCCUUCCCAGCCGUGGGCAUCGUGGUUGUCGUGGGCCCAAUCGGAGCCAUGGCCAUGAUGUUCUCCGUGAUGGUCGUCGUGGUGGGGCUCCCAGCCGUGGUGUCCGAAGAAUCCUGA